AGAUAGUCAGCAAUGUAUACCUUCCAAUUAUCUUUCAGGUUAUAUAUUAUUGUAAAGAGAUGAGGGAUUUGGAUUUGAAUACCUUAGACCACCAUGGUGAAACCAAGAAAGAAGUAGCUGUGAAUAAGGACUCCAACCCAGAAUUUUCUGAAGACGAAGAAAUGCUCGUGGAAAGAAUGUUCAGUUUGCUUGGACCAAGGUGGACAUUGAUUGCUGGAAGAAUACCAGGAAGAACAGCAGAAGAGAUUGAGAAGUUCUGGAAUUCAAAGAAGACUUUAGCUACAGAGAAUAAACAUUUGGAUCCCAAGUUCCAAGAGCCUACAAAUAACAAGUAGAGAUAUAUAUAUAUAUUGUAAAUAUGUUUUUAAUAAUUAUGUAUUGUACUGUGUGUAUGGUAGUCAGUAAUCAGUCAUAGUGAAUAGAAUGAUUCUCAGUUGUAAGCAUCUAUGUAUUAAUUAUCAUUUGUUUUUCAGUAAUUGAAUCUGUUGAGGGAAAAAUCCCUGCUUUUGUUUGAACGAA